AUGACGAUUUAAUACAAAUAAUACUUAAAACUCAUCAUUCAACUAUCACUAUAAAAUCAAUGAUGGACCAUGAAAGUAAAAUCAGUUACAUCUCAUCAAACUUAAGGAUUACUUUAAAACUUUAUCUUCGCCGUGCUCAUUAAGCGGAAGUUAUGAAGUUUUCAGUAACAUUUGCCCUAGUGAUACUCGUAAUUCUACAACUAUGUUUAACUAUAUCGGCUAAACCACCCAAAGGUGGUAUUGGCGAUGGUUAUAUAUAUCCCGUUACAAAAAUGGGUACUAAACCCAAGAAAACUACUACAUAUUAUGCUAAACCAUUACAUCCUCCAAAACCCAAACCUAAACUUCAGGUUUAUAAAGUUAUUAUACAUGAUCAACCGGCCAAGAAUGCACCUCCUCCAAAACAGGAACAAAUUUUUAAAAUAAUAACGUUACCAAAACAUUCAGGCCAGCAUGGAGGAGGUAUUUCCCAUGCUGGUAAAUCGGUAAAAAUUUUAAAAAUCUUACAUGUUAAACAAUCAAAUGGUGGUCAUGGCGGAGGUUGGGGAAAAUAAUUAUGGUGAAUAGUGAUAGAUAUGAAAUGUAAAUAUUUAUGUAAAUUAUUUUUUUGUUAUUUAAAGUUUAAUAAAGUACUAUUAACACUAAUAUAGCAACGUCUAUAUUUAUAAACUAAA